AUGGAAUCUCAAAUUGCUAGUCCCACCAUGAAAAAAUUCCUCAUCCUAAUAAACUCUAUUCUUCUCUUCACUAGCAAUUGCGCUAGCCCUUUAAUUAUUCGCCUCUAUUUCAUCCGUGGUGGCUCAAGAAUAUGGUUAUCAUGUUGUUUAAUAACCGCGGGCUUCCCUUUUACUCUAUUCCUCGUCAUAGCCUAUUUCCAUCGUCGAAAAUCCAAUGGACCAGACAGUACUAAGAUACUGCUCAUGACUCGUAAAUUAUUUAUAGCCAGCUUAAUUUCUGGCUUAGUCACUGGCAUGGUUGCUUAUUUCUACGCGUUUGGUUCAGCCAAAUUACCCGUCUCCACAUCCUCUCUCCUUACCUCAACUCAACUAGUUUUCACGGCGAUUCUUGCUUUCCUAAUUGUCAAGCAAAAAUUCACAUUAUAUUCGAUUAAUGCUGUGGUUUUAUUAACUAUUAGAGCUGGAAUUUUAUCUCUUGGAGCAAGUAGUGAUAGGCCAAAAGGGUCAUGUAAGGCAUAUAUUAUAGGGUUUAUUAUGACACUUCUUGCUGCAUUAUUUUAUGGAUUUGUGUUGGCAUUCAAUGAAAUAAGUUUUAGGAAAACAAAGAAGGCUAUUGCGUUUACAUUGGUUUUGGAAUUUCAGAUGAUGAUGUGUUUCUUUGCUGCUGCUUUUGUGUCACGGGGAUGCUUAUAAUAACAAGGAUUUUCAGGUACGUACGGAAAUCAAUACUUUGACAAUUUUGUUACUAGUCUAGGGACUGUUUUGACCACAAAGUACAUGGGCAAAAUAAAGUGCUAAUGCUUUCAGGAUUUAAUCAUAAAGGUUAUCUCUUGCACUAUCAAUGAAUUUAUCACGUGAUUGAACUAAAUUACGAAUAAUAUUUACCAAGAGAUAAAUAUGCAACCAAUAUACCUAAUCAGUAAGCAGAUUGUAUACGUAAACCCAGUAUUACACCAAUAGUGAAUUGAACUCAAAUUCUUUACUCCUUUUUUUCUUGACACUCUUUUGCUGGUCUAAACUCUAGUGACUAGAAUUUGACAACAAAAUACAAGGCCAAAACGAAGUGCUAGGGCUUUAUUAGGAAGUUUCUUUUUUACAUUUAUUAGGAAGGUAAAAACGAUUUCUUAAAAUGAUGAUAUUUUAAUGAAGAUGAUAGAUAGUCACUACAAGAGAACAUGGAAUUAGCUAUGGAAUUUGUCGGUAAUCCCUAGCAAAUCCGUCGCUAAAUAGCUCCUCACUAAUUGGAUUUUCUUACAAUCCGUCGCUAAUUCCUUGUUUUACAGUAGUGAGUGUUGGGAUUUUUAGAUAAUCCUAAAAGUGUACUAUGAACCUAUCGCACAAAACUGUAUCAAUGUGUUGAGUCUACUCUAAAUGAAUAAAAUUGCUCUCUCCUUGAUAAAUAAACUAAUUCACACAAUACAACAUACGGUAUAUCGAUUAAUUUUGUUAAGUCAUUUUCACAAUAGUGCUUUUCUCAAAUCCUACUCGGCAGUUAUCAUAUCAUUCAGUCCAUUAGGGCAUCUAAUUCCCCGUUGGGGCUUACUAUUUCAACUUGUUGAGUCUACUCUCAUCCAAAUUCACUAUUUUGUUGAGUAAAAAUAGCAUUGGCUUGCCACUUUCAUCCUUGUAAUUGAAAAAACAUUCACACUUUGCAAAAAGUUGAAAAUAAUCACUUUUAGUGUGAAAAUAAAAUCUAGACAGAAGUAUCCUUAAUUAAAACACGAAAAUCUCCAACAUAGUAUUUUGAAGUUCGAAUAGUAUUUUGAAGUUCGAACUUAUACAUUGAAAACUAAAUUUUGCAAGAAAGUUACU